GACCGGGGCAGGCUCGACAGACUAUGGUCGGCAAUUACGUGUGGUGGCUUUGCUCCCCAUCGAGUUGCUGCUGGGUCGCUGGAUGGGCUUAAUACUUCGAUUGAUGCCUAUACCAACCUAGUCCAAUAUUUUUUUCUGGUGGUUGUGAUCAUUUGCGACGACAUCCACUUAUUCCAUGUUUUUGUGCAACGAGUUAUAUGGAUUGCUGACACAGUAUUGAGCGACUUAACAGGAAAGUUGGAAUUACGCCCAUCCGCAAAUAUUUCUUUUAAGUUUAACACAAACAACCAUGCGGAUUACUCAAGCCUUAAUGUCACAAGUUGGGAAGAUGACAAAACUUUACAGCAAUCUGCCAGAAUCUUACAUCAAGAGAGCAAUGGAAAAGGGCCGAGUGGGCUGGCGCACACCCAAGGCGGUGCAGUACCAGCCAAAGGAAAUCAAGAAAAAACACUAUCGCUUUACAAUGAACCGGCCAUGGACGGAGGAGUUCAGCCGACAGAACCGCGUCACUCGCAAGAAGGUGUAUGUCAAGCCGAUCCUCAACUGGAACUACUUUCGCGGGGAUGUGGUGGAGGUGUUGGUCGGUAAGGACAAGGGCAAGAUUGGCACCGUCAUCCAAGUGAUAGAGGAGCGCAACUGGGUGGUGGUCGAGGGCCUGAACACCCACUACCGACGAGUGGGGAGAACGUCCGAGUUCCCCGGCACGUUGAUCACCUCCGAGGCGCCGCUGCUCGUCGACGACCAGGUGUCGCUGCUGGACCCCGCUGACAAUACGCCGUGCAGCAUCGAGUGGCGGUUCACCGAGGGGGGCGAGCGCGUGCGUGUCUCCACUCGCUCGGGCCGCAUCAUCCCGAUGCCAACCCAGGCGCAGGAGACGCACGACUACAAGACGGCCGACACUUACCGGGAGAACGCCAAGGACACGACCGCCGACGACCUCACCAUCAUCUCGUUCCAGCCCAAGCUGAAGACGUUCGAGAUGGACGUCAUGGAGGGUGUGGGCAUCGAGCCCGGACCGCCGCCUGCCGACACGCACUGGUACUAGCCGUUACGUGGGCGGGCGCGCGGGGCGCCUGUGUCGUGAGUCGCGAGUGUCGUCGGACUUUGCGCGUGAUUGGAUGUCACGUGAGGAGAGCCUGUUGGGCGCC